AUGUUGCACUCUCUUACUCUUCUGGCUUUCACAAGCAUUUGCCUCGCCACAGGAGACAUUGCGCAUGCAAAGGACCCUCAAAGACCUCUCAGAAGUGCUCAGGAGCGAGCAAAGAUACUCGCAGCAUGUCCUGCAUACGAGCACUAUGCAAGGUUUCCACAUCCACCUUUCUCCGAUGGCCCCAUGUCACUUCCUUUCCAGCGACCGGCUGCGCUCUGUCGAACUUUCGAGUCAGACUUGGUGGAACAAAUCAUCAACGACAUGAAUGAGAAGAUGACGGACAAGGACCUGGCUAGGAUCUUCGAGAAUGCUUUCCCCAACACACUAGACACCACAGUGCGGUGGCACGUGGACGGUACCGAGAAGUCGACCUUCAAGAGCAGUAGCGGCGCAUGGGAAGGGCCUCAGAGUUUCAUUGUGACUGGAGACAUCAAUGCAGAGUGGCUCCGAGAUUCGACCAACCAAUUGGCCCAAUACCAGAAGCUGGCCAAGAAGGACAAGUCCAUCGAGAUGCUGAUACUGGGCGCCAUCAACACUCAGGCCGAAUAUGUCAUCGAGUCUCCCUACUGCAACGCUUUCCAACCACCCCCACCCAGUCGCCUAGCCCCCUCCAACAAUGGCCAGGAAGAUGUCGUUCAUCCAGCUUACGAGCCAUCCAAGGUUUUCGAAUGCAAAUACGAACUAGACUCGGUAGCCCAUUUCCUGUCCUUGUCCAAUCAGUUCUAUCAACACACCGGAUCCACUGCUUUCUUGACUCCAAGAUGGUAUGCUGCUCUGGACACACUGCUUGCGUUGCUCGACGCGCAGGCAAAGCCUACCUUCGACCCCCAGACCGGCGCUUUCCAGCAUAACGAAUACACUUUCAGACGUCGCACAGACGCAGGCACAGAAACCCUGAGCUUGUCUGGCAAUGGCAAUCCUUUGAACAAUGGAACUGGUCUCAUUCGGAGUGCAUUCCGUCCGAGCGAUGAUGCCACGAUUCUCGGCUUCUUCAUCCCAGCCAACGCCAUGAUGGCCGUGGAGCUGAAGCGAGCAUCCAUCAUGCUGGCGAAAGCUGGCAAAGUUAAGCUUGCCGCGGAUUUGAAAACACGUGGCGCACUGAUUGAAGAAGGCGUCUGGGAGCAUGGCGUCGUGGCGCACAAGAAAUACGGCUCGGUUUUUGCUUUUGAGGUCGAUGGCUAUGGUUCUUCCAUCAUAAUGGAUGAUGCCAACUUGCCGUCGCUGCUUGCCCUUCCACUGCUCGGCUUUGUGUCCAAGGACGACAAGACGUAUCAAAACACUCGUCGAAUGAUAUUAGAAAAGAACGGCAAUCCUUAUUAUCUUGCUGGUAGAGCAUUCAAGGGUAUUGGAGGUCCUCAUAUCGGACUGCAGAAUGCUUGGCCUAUGAGUCUGCUGGUUCAGGCUAUGACUUCGGAUGAUGAUGAAGAGAUUGAAGAUGCCCUCUCUGCAGUCAAACGCGUCAGUCAUCUAGGUUUGAUACACGAAAGCAUACACGUUGAGCGCGGAAGAGACUAUACUCGUAGCUGGUUCGCUUGGGCCAAUUCGGUCUUUGCGCAAACCAUACUCGACGUGGCUGAAAGAAAACCACACAUUCUUUUUGGGGUAGGGGAAAAGCCAUAUAUUGUCGGUUAG